CAUGAGCUCAACAACAACAUUCCCGAGGUUUCUACUUAUUCUUCAUGUUAAGACAAACUCUUUCGUUUUCUGUUUGUAGACAGUAAAACAUUCUUAAAAUGUAACGAUGGGCGCGAUGCGUUUUAUAAAUUGAACGCGCGCGGAUUCGGUGAGAAAUCUUUAUUUUGUGUGUCAGGUUUGAUUUGACGGGUCUUCUACAGGAACAUUCUGGUAUGUCUCGACAUAUUUGGCUACAGAGUCUCUCGUGUUACUAGGGUUGAUAGUCUCGUACUAACCUGAUAGACUGUUUGAAAUGGGCUCUUGUGUGAAAGACGGGACGCACACCUGUGCACGCGCAUCACACCUGAAGCUGCUCACCUUACAUCGAGAGCUGCUGGUGGAUCAGGUGAAAAACACACAGUGUGUUCUGGACAACCUGCAGCUGAACGGAUUUAUAUGCACUGAAGAUAUAGAGAUUAUACAACGCAGCACCACCAAAACAGACCAGGUACGCAAGAUCUUGGAGCUUGUGCAGAGUAAAGGAGAGGAGUGCUGUGCGUACUUCAUACACAUACUUCAUGAAGCAUACGACGCUUACAUCGACCUGCGGCCUUGGUUCAGGGAUAUUCAGUACACACCGUUAGACGAUAUAAGUGUCAUACCAGUGAUUAACACUGACCCAAUUAGCAAGUACUGUGAGAAGCUCCGGCACGAGCUGAGAAGAGACACUCAGUUCAUCAUGUCUUACUCGAAGAGCGACGAAACGCCACUGGAAGAUCUUUACACGGACACGCAGAUGGAGCUCUUGAACGACAGGGAUGAGAGUCUGGGCUACUUACAGUGUCUAGAUGAACUUCUAGGAGACCAGGGGGUCUUCAACCAGCAGGCCGAGACCAUCUUUAUCACCGGUGAUGCUGGUGUAGGCAAAUCCAUUGUUCUUCAGAAACUGCAGAACUUGUGGUCCAGACGGGAGCUGAGCACUCGUGCCAAGUUCUUCUUCAAAUUCAGGUGCAGGAUGUUCAGUGCCUUCAAGGAGUCGUACGAGAUCUCGUUGAAGGACUUGAUCUUCAAGCACAAUUGCUAUCCUGAUGCAGACCCCGAUAAUGAGGUCUUUAACUACAUCUUACGAUUUCCUGAGAUGGUACUUUUCACGUUUGAUGGAUACGAUGAAAUCCAAAUGGAUUUUGACCUGGACUGUGCUCCCGAAGUGGUUUCCCCCGAAGAAAAGACGAGCCCUCUGCUGCUUCUGAUGAAUUUGCUGUGUGGAAAAUUGCUCAAGGGGUCUCGAAAGAUCCUGACCGCACGAACUGGCACGGAGGUCCAAAGCAGAGUGUUGAGGAAGAAGGUGUGUUUGAGGGGAUUUUCACCUGAACACCUGAAGAGAUACACUGCUCUACACUUUUCCGAGCAGGUAUUCAGGACGCUGGUGAAUGAGCAGCUUGAUGCCAACCCUCACCUGUCGAGUCUCUGCUCCAUCCCGUUGUUCAGUUGGAUCAUCCUCAAGAGCUUCAAACACCUCCGCUCUGUAUACGAUGACUUUGAGUUACCGGACUCUUGCAUCACCCUCACAAAUGUCUUCUUGCUUCUUUCAGAAGUCUUCUUGGGUCACUCGACGGCCCCUACUGGACUUCUGAAACGGAGCACGAGGUGUCCUGCGGAGACCUUCAAAGCUGGCGAGCAGAAGCUUUCGGCCUUCUCCAAGCUCGCUUUACAGUGUCUAGAGAAGGGCGGAUUCGUGUUCAGCAUGGACGAGGUGUUGUCAUGCGGAUUAGACGAAAAGGACCUUCAGUUUGGCUUUCUGAGACCUGUUUGCCAUUACGACAUAUGCGGAGGCUCGGCUACCUUUGAGUUUCUUCACAUGACCCUACAGGCCUUCUUAGCAGCUUUUUCUCUGGUGCUGGACUCAAAAAACCCUCCCAAUAUGAUUCUGAGGUUCUUCUCCAAAUGUGAAUACAAGACGUCGUCGUCUUGUUUACCUUGUCUUGGAAAGUCAAAGCCCAGAGACAAGGACCCUUUCCAGACCAAUGAGCACUUUCAGUUCACCAACUUAUUCUUAUGCGGUCUCUUGUCCAAACCCAACGCUGCACUCCUAGAACACCUCGUUCCACCAUUGCUGUUGAAGCAAAAGUGCAAGACGCUCAAGUCGUACCUGUCGAACGUCGUGAGAACUCAUCUUAAGAGUCUGCCCAGUAGCCAAGCCACAGACAUCGAGGGCAUUAAAGUGCACGCAAUGCCAAAUUUCUUGUGGAUGCUUCGGUGCAUAUUUGAGACGAACAGCGAGGAAGUGGCCAAGAUGACCGCCAAUGGCAUAUCGGCAGAUUACAUCAAGAUUGCGUUCUGUAACAUCUACUCGGCGGACUGCAGCGCUUUGAACUUUGUACUCCAUCACCGCAAGAAGCACCUGGGAGUUGACAUGGACAACAAUAACAUUAACGAUUAUGGCGUGAAGCAAUUGAGACCGUCUUUCAGCAAAAUGACUGUAAUAAGAUUGUGUGUGAAUCAGCUGACGGACAGCAGUAUUGAAGUUCUGGCAGAGGAACUCAUCAGACACAAAGUUGUCAGGGUGUUGGGCCUUUACAAGAAUCACAUCACAGAUGUCGGAGCCAAACUGGUGGCAAAGAUCAUUGAAGAGUGUCCACGCUUGAGGACUGUCAAGCUUGGCUGCAACCAAAUCACCACCGUGGGUGGGAAGCAUCUUGCUUGCGCUAUUCAAAAGAGCAAAUCUAUCUUUGAUGUAGGAAUGUGGGGUAACUCGAUUGCCGACGAGGGGGCAGAUGCUUUUGCGGAGGCAUUAAAGAAUCACCCCAGCCUCACCAACCUCAGUCUCUCUGCCAAUGGCGUCACGUCUCAUGGUGGCAGAAGUUUGGCCAAAGCACUUAAGGAAAACGCAAGCCUUAAAAUCUUCUGGUUGAUCCAGAACAGAAUCGGUGAUGACGCAGCGUCGGAUCUCGCUGAUGCCGUCAGGUCGAACUCUUCUCUGACCCACGUGAUGCUAAUAGAAAACGAGCUGACCGUUCAUGGAGCCAAACAGCUCGCCGAAGCCCUGACGAUCAACACGACACUCAAGGAAAUCAACAUUAAAGGAAACCGAAUCUGCGAAGAAGAAGAAAAACUCUUUGAGGUUGAAAAGAGGCUUCGCUUCCGCUGAGCAGGAACACAGAAGACACGUGAUGUCUGUGAGGACAUGUGGCGUAACCACAGAUGUUGACGUAGCCUACAUUAGGCGCUAAACAAACACCAUUCAGUUAGCGGUUUUAUUACAAUAUUAUGGUCUAAUGUGUGAUAACAAAACCACAACAAUCACAGGUCAGUACAUCAGGGCUGGUGAUGUCACAAUAGUGAUGUAAUCACUCUGAAAUGGUUUAAAAGGGUGAUUUUUGUUUUUGUUUGUUGUUGUUGUUGUUGCAUCAUUGCAACCAAACAAUCAUCGUAGCCAAGCAGGUUCAAAAUGUUUAAUGCAAAUAGUAAAAAUUGAGUUUAUAAGAAAGGAAGGCAUGUUUUACACUAAAUGAACACAAGGGAGAAUAUUGAAUUAUUGUUGUUUAUAUGCACCAAAUAUGUAGGCCUAGUAAUUAACCGGAGUAUUUUCCUACAUAUAUUUGUACUAAUUGCAAUACAUGGAAAAAUAAUAAAAAAAUUUUAAAAAUUGUUUUUAUUUUUUUUAUUUUUUUAAACGUUUUUUGCAAAUUAAUUGUUCCAUCAGCUUUGAAUGGAUUCAUUGAGGUUGCGACGCAUUUACGGGAAUUAAAUUAACUUUACUUAUUUAAUGCUGUUUUUGCAACGCUACUAAACAGCAAUCAC